AUGCAGCAUCCACCACAACGCUUGCCUAGUCACCGCAACCUCGCGUGUCGCUGUCGCUGUGAUACUCUGACUCGGUAUCGGACACAUCUCCUCCCCAAACCCCAAGCUGCAAAGCAGAACACACACGGCGCCCGACAGAGCUCGACCACAGCAAGCAUGUACAUCAUCUCGAGAGCCCUCGAUCCCCUCUUCGCCGUCUCGAUUGGCCUCGCCGCCGCCGCGACACGCAUCAACCGCGAAGAGAAAGAGAAGGGCCGCUCGACACAGGGCUCGAUAGAUGUUCUCAAGAGGAGAUGGGCGCUGGCGUGGCAGGGCGAAGGGGCUGUGGCUCCGAAGCAGUAG